GUUGCUCCUUCAGUUCCACCUUUAGAAAAGCAGCACGCGCUCCGCUUCCUGCCCGCUGGCUGCCGAUCAUGUGCGCAGCCAACAUGGCGGGGACGCGACGGCUGCGAGCGCCGCGGCGGCCAGCGAGGAGCGCGAGCUGCCGCCGCCGCCGCCGCCGCUGGUGCCUCCCGCUUCUCGCGUGCCUCGUCGUUGCACUGACAGUAGUAAAGGUGGCCGCGGCUGAGGCGCCGCGGGGUGCGCGAGACAGCGUGCAGACCCUUACGGACGCCAACUGGACUCUUCUACUCGAGGGCCAGUGGAUGGUCAUGUUCUUUGCUCCAUGGUGCCCUGCAUGCCAGCAGGUCAAAGCUGACUGGGAAGAGUUUGCCAGACAAAGCACAGUGCUGGGUGUCUCCGUGGGCAAGGUGGACGUCACUCAGCAGCCAGGUCUGAGUGGACGAUUCCUAGUCACUACGCUGCCAACUAUUUUUCAUGCACACGAUGGAAGUUUUCGCAGAUAUUUGUCGUCGCGGGCAGCGGAGGACUUCCAGAACUACAUCAUCCAGAAGAAGUGGGAGGCAGUUGAACCAGUUCCAGCGUGGAAAUCGCCUUCCUCUCUCAUAAUGACAGGGAUGGCAGGACUCUUCCGACUGUCAGUGUGGAUCAGGCAAAUUCACAGCUACCUGACUGAGACUGUUGGAGUUCCAGUCUGGGGAUCUUAUAUCAUAUUUGCACUCGUGACCUUGUUCACUGGCCUGCUGCUUGGCUUGAUGCUGGUUUUGAUUGCCGACUGCUUGUGUCCAUCCAGGCCGAAGCACAAGACUAUAAAAUCUGAAGUGUACACGAAAGAGGACGGUUCCGAGGACGACGUGGAGGACACUCUGACGGAGGAGAGGCAGCUGUCAGAUGCAGAAAACGAGAGUGCGAAGGUGUCGGGAGAGGAGUCCGCCGGGGAGGAGGGCCUGGCUUCGGAGGGAGACGUUGGCGCCGCUCAACACCAUCUGCCAGAGGAUGCGACGGAGAGCUCCGUUCGCCAGCGGAAACCUCAAGGGCCAGAGGCCCAGGAGACUUAACCGUUCGACAUGACGACAUGGCUGUUCUCUUAAUCGGAUGGGUGACAUCCAGGCAUAUUGGCCGUCGGUCUCCAAACGUUCAAACGUGUCGAGUUCCUUAAUUCAGCAUUAAAGACCAUCGAGCUGUCUUUGUGGGCGUCCACAAAA